AGCUGCACUUGCUUUCACUAAACAUCCCUUUCCAAGUAAUGCAAACCAGAGAUGAUCACAUUCUGAAAGAAAAGCUUGACAGAGAUGAAGAGAAACUGUCGACAUGUUGCAUCGGCUUGUCAAAAUCAGGAAAUCAUAUUGAACUUCCUGUCAGCACACACACACAGUCACACGUACAGGGUGAAAAUGCAGAAGUAAGAGAAGAACCUUUGGAUUUAAAAGAGAAAUAAAAGAAUGAAAUUUGGAUGUUAGCUGCCUACAUGUAAAGAUAUGCCUACAGGUCUCAGACAGGAAGAGUUGACACCUUUGGUGAUCAGAGAUCGAGAAGGCAGCCAGAAGUCCAGUUCAAGCAUGGCCUCUGGUUUACAAGUACACCUCUACUUCUUCCCCGGCACAAAGGAUGCAACAACGAUACACAUUUCCUCCGGACAAAUAUCGGCUGAAAACAUUUGCAUAGAAGCUGGGAAAAAAUGUGGUAUCUUACCAGUUUACAUCAGUCUUUUUGGUUUGGCAUCUGCCGACCUCUCCUUUUGGUAUCCCCCUUCACACAUGUUUGACUCAGAUGAACACGUGGAAGUUCACUUUAGAGUCAGGUUUUUCUUUGAAAACUGGUUUGGCCAAGGACCAAGAACAUCAUACCGCUACAGUUUGACAAGAGACAGAAUCAGUCCGGUGCUUGACUACAGUGUCAUUGAUUAUCUUUUUGCCCAGUUACGAAGUGACUUUAUUGCCAGUGAAGCAGGCAUUGCUCCACCUUUGAGCACCCAGGAGGAGUGCCUCGGUCUUGCUGUGCUGGAUCUGUGGAGGAUGGCCAAAGAGCGCCAUCAGAGUGUAAGAGAUCUCUGCAAGACUGUCAGCUAUAAAUCAUGCCUCCCAAAGUCACAUCGCCAUGACAUCCAGAAACGAAACCGCCUGGAGCGCUAUAGAAUCCGAAACACUCUGAAGCAUUUCUUGAAAAAGAUUGGCAAUUGUUCAGUGGAUGAAUGCAGCUUGAAACUCAAAUAUCUGAUUGAAUUGGCUGGCAUUGAGCCUUCACUUGGAAUUGAAACCUUCAAUGUGAAUCAUUCUGCCCCUCACUUAAAUUCAUCUAUCACUCUUGUGCGGGUUAUUGGGGAGGCAGGAAUUCAAACCAAUGGAAAUGAUCACCCUGACAAUGUCUUGGAGUGGCAGACUUUCUGUGAUUUCCAAGAAAUCAUUGACAUCAGUAUAAAACGAGUCGUGCAUGAGCAGGUUCCACAAGACAGCAGAAUGGUCACAAUAGCUCGAAAGGAUGACAGAUGCUUGGAAGUCAAUUUCCAGACUCUCAAAGAGGCACUUUCAUUUGUGUCUCUUAUUGAUGGCUACUUCAGACUGACCACAGAUUCUAGCCACUUCUUCUGCCAAGACAUUGCACCCCCAAGUCUUCUGGAGGGAAUUAAAAAUCACUGCCAUGGCCCAAUUACAUCAGAGUUUGCUGUCAGCAAGCUGAAAAAGUCAGGCUGCAAAGGUGGUACCUUCCUUCUCCGCCACAGUCCCAAGAACUAUGAGAAAUUCUUCCUGACGGUUUGUGUUCAGACACCUCUUGGACUUGAUUAUAAAGACUGUCUCAUUAUUAAAAAUGACCAUUACAGUCUCCCUGGUGUCCAGAAAUUAUUUUCCAGUUUGUGGGAGCUCACCAGCUAUUACCAACAUAACAAGCUGCUGGUGGCUGAAAUACCUGUCAAGUUAGCUUCCUGCUGUCCACCUCGAUCCAAAGAGCUCACAAACCUGAUUAUCAUUCGUAACAACAACUUGGUUGAAGCUCAGGGCUCUCCAACACCUGAAAGAAACAGAUUUGGUCACAUCCAGUUCCAAAUGAUCAAACAUGAAGACCUGAAAUGGGAUGAAAGCCUUGGGCAGGGCUCCUUUACAAGAAUUUUUAAAGGAUACAAAAUUGACAUCCGUGAAGGAGAGAAACACAUGACAGAAGUUCUUCUAAAAGAGCUUGAUGCUGUUCACAAGACCUGCUGGGAGUCAUUCUUUGAGGCUGCCAGUUUGAUGAGCCAGAUUUCACACAAACACCUUCUUCAUGUAUAUGGUGUUAGUGUUCAUGGAGUAAAGAACAUCAUGGUGCAAGAGUUUGUCAAGCAUGGGGCCCUUGACCUAUACUUGAAAAGAGGGAGAUCUGUGUCAGUGAGCUGGAAACUGAACGUUGCCAAACAGCUCGCAUGUGCACUUAACUUUCUGGAAGAGCAAAAUAUUGCUCAUGGAAAUAUCUGUGCCAAAAAUCUGCUGCUGGCAAGAGAAGGUGACCCUUCCCAGGGCAGCUCCCCAUUUAUCAAGCUGAGUGACCCGGGCAUCAGUGUGGCCAUGCUGGGCAAAGAUGUUACCCUGGACAGGAUUCCCUGGGUGGCUCCUGAGGUGCUUAAGACCCCAGACAACCUGACUCUUGAGGGUGAUAAGUGGAGCUUUGGUGCCACUGUGUGGGAAAUCUUCAACAAUGGAAACUCUCCAUUGCAAGGAUGGAACCUGGACCAGAAGCAGAAGUUUUACAACAAUUUGCAGCAGCUGCCUCCCUCCCAGUGGACAGAGCUAGCGGAUCUCAUCAGUCAGUGUAUGGACUAUGAAGCAGCAUUCAGACCUUCUUGUCGUAGCAUUAUCCGUCAGCUCAACAGUCUCAUCACAUCAGACUAUGUGUUACUUCAUGCCACUGAACCUGUCACACCAAACCCUGUGUGCAAAGUUGUCUGUCCUACUCAGCAAGACCAUGCACUGUUUGAAGAGAGGCAUUUCCGCUACAUCUCCCCUCUGGGAAAAGGAAACUUUGGCAGUGUUGAACUUUGCCGUUAUGACCCGCUGGGUGAUAACACUGGUGAGCUGGUGGCUGUGAAGAAGCUGCAGCCUAACAAGCAGUCAAACCUGGAGGACUUCCAGAAGGAGGUCAAAACGCUCAGUGUUUUACACUGUGACUACAUCGUCACGUACAAAGGAGUCUGCUACAGCAUGGGUCGACUCAGUAUGAGCUUAGUGAUGGAAUAUCUUCCCUAUGGCAGCCUUAUUGGCUAUUUGGAGAGUACCCGACAUAACAUCAACACUAGACAAAUGCUACUUUUUGCCUCUCAGAUCUGUAAGGGGAUGCAGUACCUGCAGACCCUGCGUUAUGUCCACCGAGACCUUGCAGCCAGAAAUAUCCUUGUUGCCAGUGACUCGCUGGUGAAAAUUGCUGAUUUUGGGCUGACCAAGGUUAUCCCUUUUGACAAGGAGUACUACCGUGUCACACAGCCUGGCGAGAGUCCCAUUUUCUGGUAUGCUCCAGAGUCCAUCAGUGAGUUCAAAUUCUCCCACAAAUCAGAUGUCUGGAGUUUUGGGGUCGUUCUUCAUGAGCUCUUCUCCUACUGUGACAUGAACUGCAAUCCAAAAAGACUGUGUAUGCAGGAGAUUGGACACAAUGUGCAAGGUGCAUCCAUUUCAAUGCAUCUUGCAAAUAUUCUGAAGAAUAACUGGAGACUGCCAGCUCCACCAAACUGCCCUCCCCAGGUGUACAGUUUAAUGAAGCACUGCUGGGCAUACAACUCUGAUGAGCGUCCGAGUUUCUCCAGCCUGGGAAACCAGAUUGAAAAAAUCAUGCAGGAUGAAAGAGAGAACCCAAAAGGAUGAGGAGGAACCUUCUUGAAUGUCGAGGCUUUAAUUGUUUGACAACAGAGGAACUUUGUUUUGUUUACUUUAUCAGUUAUAAAAUGCAUCUCCAGUUAGGGAAAUUUGUUCAUACAAAUAUGUUUCUGGCUAACACGGUCAUUUUUAGAAGUUCUUUUGCAUUUAUUUGCAUUUUUUUUUUAUUUUUGCAUGGUAUGUGUAUAUUUUGUGCUGCAAGGCAGAAACGCAAAUUGCACUCAUACAGGCCUAGCUUUACUUCUGUAAAUAUAUGUAUAUGACCAUUAAAUGCAAUAGUCUUCUAGUUAAUUUUUUUCUAAUCUAAAAGUUUGUUUUUGAGGUCAGCAGGGCAAACACCCUCACAAAUGCCCCUUAUUUUUACCCCAUCAAGUGCUUUAAUUGGUAAAUGAUUACAGAAAUUUUAAAUAAUUUUUAAACUUGAUCAUUUUUAAAGUGCAUAUUUUGCAUAUAUUUGAAACAGUGAUUAUGCUUUUUUUUUUAACCACAUACUUGAUUACCCUUAUGUUGGUCUUUCCUUGCUUUCCCUGCCCUGUCUUCAGCUGGUGCAAAACAGUGCUGCGCAUAUUUUAUUGGGUAUGAGGGAGCACAUAUCUCUUGUUCUAGCUUCACAGCACUAGCUGUCUGUUCCUUUUAGAGUUCACUUUAAAAUUCUUUUAAGUCAUUGAACGGUCUUUUUCUCUACUGAGACCCCACUUUUUCUCCUUGGCCUUUGACCAAGCUUGAGAGUUGAUUUCAUUAAUAUAUAUUUUUUUUUUAAUCAUGAUCCUAUUUUAGUCUUUAAAUUGUUUUGUUGUGCUGUAUUGCUAAAUCUAUUAUUUUAUGGCUUUUUUGUUUUAUGCAUUUUUAGUCUUUAGCACUUUGGUCAGUGCCUGUUUUUUUUUUUUAAGUGCUUUAUAAAUAAAGUUGGCUCGACUGUUAUUUGUGUAUGUAUGCACCCAGUAUGUACACAGAAGGGUAACCAAGUCAUUCACUGAAUCAGAUCAGAAACCACAGUAUACCCCAUGAGUAAACAUCCUAUACAUUUUGCCACUUCUACUGUUAUUUAUUGGACAUCAUUGUACAUCUAAGUAUAGCAGAAAACACUGCACUGAUAUUGCAUUCAAGUUAUUGAAUGGACAUUUUAUCAGAUGCUGCAAUAAAAAAAAAAAAAAAGGAUUUUAUUAGAGCAGUAUGAUCUCAGUUGACAUGGAGACAUCUGGCAGAAAAGACAAAACUAUGCGAAUGAUUGCAGUUUUAUUGGGAAAAUCAGCUACACUUACAC